AUGAAACGCCAGUUUGACGGCGGCGAUGACUUCGAUCCGUCCAAGCGCCAACGCGGCUCUCUACCAGCAUCGCGGGUUGUGUUCGUCUGCGGACUGCCUGCGGACUGUCUUGAGAGCGAGCUUCUCGCACUCUGCUGCCCAUUCGCAGUUGUCGAGAAAAGCCUCAUGAUCCCUCAGAAACGCCAAGCAUUCGUGCAAUUACCCGACGUCACGUCUGCUUCCAACCUCGUCACAUUCUACCAGACCCGAGACGCACUGAUCCGUGGUAAGAAGAUAUUCUUCGAGUACAGCAACCGCAACGAAAUCACGGUGCGUCCAGAGCACGAUGGCCCGCCUUCUUACCAGCCGCAGCCAGCGCCUAUAGCUGCUCCGUACCAACAACUUCCUUCCAUGCAACAAUACCCACCGCAACAAGAAGUGCCUUUAUAUCGUGGAGACAAUGGAGGUCAACUUGGCUUGCUCCCUAUUGAUGGACCCCGUCGCGGCAUUGGACCACCGAAUCAAAUUCUCAUGGUGUCGGUGUCCAAGAUCGAGUACGACGUCACAGUGGACGUGUUGCAACAGGUUUUUCAGAAGUUUGGCAACGUGCAGAAGAUUGUCACGUUUUGGAAAGAUAACGAGUUCAAGUCGCUGGUUCAAAUGGAGUCUGUUGAUCAGGCUCAGGCUGCCCAGUCUGCACUGGAUGGACGUGACAUCUACACAGGUUGCAACCAGUUGAGCAUCGUUUUCUCCCGUCAUCCAGAGCUUCGUGUACGCUACAAUGACGACCGAUCUCGCGAUUACACCAACCCCAAUCUCCCUCCCGGCCCAGGUCGUGGAGGGGAUGAUCGCAAUGAAGGCGAGCCAGCGACUACUAUUUUGUCUGACCGACGCGAGCCUCCUCAAUACAGUAUCCCAUCUCCACGUCGCGAUGAUUUCGACUACCGCGGCCCUACUCAUGCUCCCAACGUCGGACGCGGUGACCCAUACGCUCUAGACAUGCGUGAUAAUCGUGGCCCGCCGGCGCGAUUCGAUGACCGUCCGCCAAUUGUGGAGAGACCUCGCGAUGCUCGUGGUGGGCGUGAGUUGCCGAUCCAUUCAACGGGGAGGGCGAUACGAGGUGAUACCCGACCAUCUCCUGCGUUGAUUUGCAGCAACAUUGACCGCGAACUGGUGAGUCCACACCGCAUCUUCACGCUUUUUGGCUGCUUUGGCGACGUCCUCCGUAUCAAGAUCAUGUUUCGUAAGCGUGAUACGGCUCUGAUUCAGUUCGUUGAUGAAGUUCAUUCCACCUCGGCUUUGGAUCAUUUGGAUGGUGUUUACGUAUUCGGCAAGAAGCUACGUGUGGAUUACUCGAAGCACACGAGUGUGUCGAUGCCACAUGCAGACGCGGACCGCUUCGAGAUUGAGAAUACGCUCGACUUUUCGAACUCACCGCUGCACCGCUACCGACGCCGCAGUCCGCAAGAAGCUGUCUCGCCCUGUCCUCUGCUACACAUUUCUGGGAUUCCGAUGGACUUGCAGCGCAACCAGAACGCCCUUGUCGACCUUUUCGCGCAGUAUGGCUUCGUCAAGAACUUUCACUACAUGCAGAAUAACUCCAAGAUGGCGCUACUCGAGAUGGGCUCGGUGGAUGAAGCUAUCAUGGCACUCCUUCGACUCGACAAUAUGGAGUACCCGGACUCGCACAUGCGCAUAUCCUUUUCCAGAUCCUACCAGUUUCCUGCUGGCCACGGUGCUGGUCCUGGUCCUGGCCCUGGCGCUGUUCCUGGUCCUAUGCAUGGCCCUGGUGCUGAUUCAGGGGCGUGGAAUCCGCCCAUCCAAGCGCGUCCGAGAGACCGCAGCCGCGAUCGCGGUCGGAAUCGUGAGCGAGGCCCACCUCCAGGUGGAGAUCGAGACCGAUCGUUUCGAGACCGAGGCCCGCCGCCACAGCGAGGGCGCGACUACCAACCACGGGACAACGCUCGCCGUCCUCCUCCGCGAUACUGA